CCUCCCGCCAGCCCGUCCCGACCCGCGGCGCGACCGCGGAGCCGCGCCCGAGCCCGCCUCGCGGCAGGCCUGCUGUGGUUUCUUGUUCACCGGCCGCUGGAAACCCCAGAUGCAGACCUGAUAUUUUUCCAGAGUUGAAAUGAUGAACCCAUCUGCCACCAGUGCCACACAGGGACUCAUUCCAGCAGGGAAAAAGCCCAGUGCAGAUGUUCACCUGGUUGGAUUUGGAGCCUGGCAAAUGCAGAGGGAGCCACACACAGGGCUGCUGUCAUUACCUUUUGGCUCUUUCCUAUCUGAAGAAACAAUGAAGGGAGACACCAGACAUCUCAAUGGAGAGGAGGACGCCAGCGGGAGGGAGGACUCAAUUGUCAUCAACGGGGCCUGCAGCGACCAUUCCUCAGACUCGCCCCCCAUCCUGGAGGCUAUCCGCACCCCGGAGAUCAGAGGUCGCAGGUCAAGCUCACGGCUGUCCAAGAGGGAGGUCUCCAGUCUGCUAAGCUACACUCAGGAUCUGACUGGAGAUGGAGAUGGCGACGGGGAGGAUGGGUACGGCUCCGACACUCCGGUGAUGCCAAAACUCUUCCGUGAAACCAGGACUCGGUCUGAAAGCCCCGCUGUCCGAACCCGAAAUAACACCAGUGCCUACAGCCGGGAGAGGCUCAGGCCCUCCAUACGUGCCACCCGAGGCCGGCAGGGCCGCAGUCAUAUGGACGAGUCCCCCGUGGAGUUCCCGGCUACCAGGUCCCUGAGGCGGCGGGCAGCAGCAUCAGCAGGCACGCCGUGGCCGUCCCCUGCCAGCCCUUACCUCACCAUCGACCUCACAGAUGACACCGAUGACACAGAUGUGACACCCCAGAGCAGCAGUACCCCCUACACCCGCCUAGCCCAGGACAGCCAGCAGGAGGGCUUGGAGUCCCCACAGGUGGAUGCAGAAAGAGACGUAGACAGUGCCGAGUAUCAGGAUGGGAAGGAGUUUGGAAUAGGGGACCUCGUGUGGGGAAAGAUCAAGGGCUUCUCCUGGUGGCCUGCCAUGGUAGUGUCCUGGAAGGCCACCUCCAAGCGACAGGCCAUGUCCGGCAUGCGAUGGGUCCAGUGGUUCGGUGAUGGCAAAUUCUCAGAGGUCUCUGCGGACAAACUGGUGGCCCUGGGGCUGUUCAGUGAGCACUUUAACCUGGCCACCUUCAAUAAGCUGGUUUCUUACAGGAAGGCCAUGUACCAUGCCCUGGAGAAAGCCAGGGUACGAGCUGGCAAGACCUUCCCCACCAGCCCUGGAGACUCACUGGAGGACCAGCUGAAGCCCAUGUUGGAGUGGGCCCACGGGGGCUUCAAGCCCACUGGGAUCGAGGGCCUAAGACCCAGCAACAAGCAACCAGUGGUUAAUAAGUCGAAGGUGCGUCGUGCAGGCAGUAGGAAAUUAGAAUCAAGGAAAUACGAGAACAAGACAAGAAGACGCACAGCUGACGACUCGGCCGCUUCUGACUACUGCCCUCCAUCCAAGCGCCUCAAGACAAAUUGCUACAACGGAAGAGACCGGGGGGACGAGGACCAGAGCCGAGAACAAAUGGCAUCUGAUGUCACCAACAACAAGGGUAACCUGGAAGACAGCUGCUUGUCUUGCGGUAGGAAGAACUCUGUGUCCUUCCACCCUCUCUUUGAGGGGGGCCUCUGCCAGACAUGCCGGGAUCGGUUCUUGGAGUUGUUCUACAUGUACGACGACGACGGCUACCAGUCCUACUGCACCGUGUGCUGUGAGGGUCGGGAGCUGCUUCUCUGCAGCAACACGAGCUGCUGCCGGUGCUUUUGUGUGGAGUGCCUGGAGGUGCUGGUUGGCUCAGGCACUGCAGCAGAGGCCAAGCUUCAGGAGCCGUGGAGUUGCUACAUGUGUCUGCCACAGCGCUGCCACGGAGUACUGCGGCGCAGGAAGGACUGGAAUGUGCGCCUGCAGGCCUUCUUCACCAGCGACAUGGGGCGAGAAUACGAAGCCCCCAAGGUGUACCCUGCGAUCCCUGCAGCCCGAAGGAGGCCCAUUCGAGUUCUGUCUCUGUUUGAUGGAAUCGCAACAGGGUACUUGGUCCUCAAGGAAUUGGGCAUAAAGGUUGAGAAGUACGUCGCCUCUGAAGUGUGUGAAGAGUCCAUCGCUGUCGGAACUGUUAAGCAUGAGGGGAAUAUCAAAUAUGUGAACGACGUGAGAAACAUCACAAAGAAAAAUAUUGAAGAAUGGGGCCCAUUUGACUUGGUGAUCGGUGGAAGCCCAUGCAACGAUCUCUCAAAUGUGAAUCCUGCCAGAAAAGGCUUGUACGAGGGGACAGGCCGGCUCUUCUUUGAGUUCUACCACCUGCUGAAUUACUCACGUCCCAAAGAGGGGGAUGACCGACCCUUCUUCUGGAUGUUUGAGAACGUUGUAGCCAUGAAGGUCGGCGACAAGAGGGACAUCUCGAGGUUCCUGGAGUGCAAUCCAGUGAUGAUUGAUGCCAUAAAAGUAUCUGCUGCUCACAGGGCACGAUAUUUCUGGGGCAACCUACCCGGGAUGAACAGGCCCGUGAUAGCAUCAAAGAAUGAUAAACUCGAGCUUCAAGACUGCUUGGAAUACAAUAGGACAGCAAAGUUAAAGAAAGUACAGACAAUAACCACCAAGUCGAACUCGAUCAGACAGGGGAAAAACCAACUUUUCCCCGUUGUCAUGAAUGGCAAAGAAGAUGUUUUGUGGUGCACUGAGCUCGAAAGGAUCUUCGGCUUUCCUGUACACUACACAGAUGUGUCCAACAUGGGCCGAGGCGCCCGCCAGAAGCUGCUCGGGAGGUCCUGGAGUGUGCCAGUCAUCAGACACCUCUUCGCCCCCCUGAAGGACUACUUUGCAUGUGAAUAGUUGCACCUGGGUGCUGGGGGCUCUGGGGAGUGUGGCAGAGCCCAGGCCCUGCCCUUCCUCAGCUCAGCUGUGUAGGUCAUGCUGCGUACCUCAGUUCUCUCCUGCACAGUGGGAGCAGAGCCGCCUGACUCUUGCACGGGGAGCCCGAGGUGCCACCUCCUUAUGCACAAUUCAGACCCAGCUGCUCGGAGCAGCUAAACACGGUGCUCAUUUUUCUUCUCCUAAAACUUUAAAACUUGAAGUAGGUAGUAAAAUGGCUUUUUUCCCCCUCCUAGGUUUACCACUCAGAGAAACAGAUGGCUAUGAUACCAAAACCACAGUGCUGACAGCUCUCAAAUACUCAGGUUAAUACCAAAAAAUCAUCCAAGACAGUUCAUACCAUACUUUUUUACUUUAAAUGUCUGCUGCUCCACAUUUACAAGAGUGUGCAGUGGUAGAUAUGUAGCUAAGGGACAUUUUAAAGGGCCCAGGAUGUGUUUUUCCUAGGGCUAGCAGAAGAGGAAAUGAUGUAUAUGUCUCUCUUAAAUUUUGCCUAGCACAUUCCCCUUGCCUCACUUACGAGGGCUAGAAGGGGCCAUUAAAGUCUUUUCCACAGUGAUGAUGAUUUCAGCAGGGAUGACAUCAUCACAUUCAGGGCUAUUUUCCCCCCACAACCCCCAGGGCACGGGCCACCCUUAGCUAAAUCCCUCCAAGUGACUGCAAUAGAGCCCUCCGGGGAGCUCAGGAAGCGGAGUGCUGAGUUACAUGAUGAAUGCUGCCAUGUGCCAUGUAGUCAAGUAUGGCUCCUAUGUAUCUCUUCCCUAUGAGGGGUGUGAAGGAGGGAGCUUAGGUAAGACCCCCAUCCCCUCUCCAAAAGACCACCCUCCAGACUCCUCCAGGCAUAGGUCCCAGGUUAGAUGGGUAUUACCCUAACUCCUCAUCCUUUUUCUAAACUCAGAGGCAGGCAGUGACAGCCAGGGGCAGAAGCACAUUCCCCUCAUCUAAGAGAUGGCAGGGGGGAAAACUGCAAUAAAAGCUGGAUCCUCCCUCCGGAGAUUUUAAAAUCCUUUUUUAAUUCCAUGAUAAGUCGUUUUUAGCGGGAAUGGGAGUUCAGACAACCUGCAUUUCAGAAAUGCUGUCGUAAUGGUUUUUAACACCUUUUACUCUUCUUACUGGUGCUAUUUUGUAGAAUUUAAGGAACAACAUUCAACAAGUUUUGUGGGGCUUUUUAUACUCUUUUUAAAAAAAGUCUCAAAGUUCUAUUUUUAUGUUUAACAUUUUCAUUAAAAUUUUUUUUUUUGUAACUGGAGCCACAAUGUAACAAAUAUGGGGGAAAAAUCCGUGCCUUGUUUCAACCGGUUUGCUAAUUUUUAGGCUGAAAGAUGACGGAUGCCUAGAGUUUACCUUGUGUUUAAUUAAAAUCAGUAUUUCUCUA